UUAGUUAAAAGUAUCCCCCGGAAUCAUAAGGUUUUCGUGAAACCGUGAACCGAUUGUGCCGAGUCCAAUGAACCACAUGCCGUCUUGACAGGCAAGUCAUUGGACAGGAUUCUCUGACAACCUACAUCCCAGGCAUACAUGAUGUGUGCCAUACAGCUGGUUGACAAUGCUGAGUGACCUUACCUGCUUACGAGAUAACUUAGCCGUCCUGUUCCCAGUCAACUACCCCCAACACCCCCCUACCCAGCCAUGACUCAGAGCAGCAGGAGCUCCUCUCUCCUGGAGGAGUCUUACUCCUCCCUGAUGAGGGGCAUCCAGGAGCUGGACCUCGGUGGGCCCAGCAUCCCCUCCGACCUGGUCCUCAUCGGGGACCACGCUUUCCCCCUGGCCAUGAACACCAGGGGCCAGGUCCUGAUGGCGGCCUCCUUUUAUGGCCGUGGCCGCCUGGUGGUCCUGGGCCACGAGAGCUACCUUACCACCUUCCCCAAUCUAGUGGACAACGCCCUGGCCUGGCUGAGCGCUGAUCCAGCCCAGGACAGCCCCUCUGUGGGGAUCCACCCCAGCUGCAGCGCCCUGGUGGGCCAGAUCAGCGGGGGCCGCAUGGAGACCCGGGUGGGGCCUCUGACCCAGGGGCUGGGGGUGUACGUAACCAAUGUCUACAGUGUGAAGGGGGAGGAGAAGGGGCUGGUGGAGUUCAUGAAGGCUGGAGGUGGGCUGCUGCUGGCGGGGCAGGCCUGGAGCUGGGCCCAGUCGAACCCAGGACAGAACACGUUGCUGAACUUCCCUGGGAACCAUGUGUCCAGCGUGGCGGGGGUCUACUUCUCUGAGCACUGUGGGGAGGUGGCGUCUCUCCCUGUGCCCCCUCAAAUACCUUCCAGCUGGAUGGCUGUGGCUAUAGAGAAGGACUUCAAGGAUGACCUGGAGUUCCUGCUAAAGGGUGUGUCUGAAUUUCACAUCCACGGCGGAGCUGUUCCCUCCGAGGUGCUUGUCCAUGGCCCUCUCGCCUUCCCCAUCGGCUCCGCCCAUGGCAGCUGUUCCUUCCUGGCCGGGGCUUACUACGGCCAGGGGCGGGUCAUCGUGGUUUCGCAUGAGGGCUACCUUAAUCAUGUGGACCUCGGCACAUUUUGGACAAACGCCGUCCGCUGGUUGGAUGAGGGCCGUAAUGGGCUGGUAGGCGUGGCCCCCGGUCUUGACUCAAGCCUUCUCCAACAAUCAGGCCUGACGUGUGAGCAGACAGGUUUCAGGAAGGACCUGAGUGUGUAUGUGUGCAAGUCCUACAGCGACCAGCACGCUGAGGACAUCCAGCACUUUGUAGCAGAGGGAGGGGGGCUCCUGAUUGGGGGACAUGCCUGGUGGUGGGCAAGCCAGAACCCUGGGCGCAACACCCUCACAGAGUACCCAGGCAACCGCAUCCUGAACAGGAUGGGCCUGAGCCUGUUGGGCGACACAGUGCCGGCAGGCUGCUACCCAGCCCCAACCCCCGGUCAGUCAUGCUCUCAGGCAUACCACUUCCGCCAGCUUCUGCGCCGCUUCGCCAGUCACGUGAACACUGGGGCGGAGCUAACACAGCACGAGGAGACCUGUCUUAAGAAGCUGGGCAAAGACUGCUCUAUGUACCUGAACAUGCAGGCGUACGACUGCUCCUCGUACUCCAACGUCCUCUCCUCGCUGACCGACAUCCUGAAGCAGGCUGCUGUCCCACAGGUGUGUCAGUCAUGCCCGGUCAGCCUACCCAAGGACCACCUGCUCUUGAGUGUGGGGGCGGAGGUAUACAAGGUGUGCCCGGACCCGGAUGCCCUCCUGCCGUACCUCAUAAAGGACCAACCCGUCAGGGCGGUGCGGCACAAUACCAACAUCACCAUCAGAACCAAGACUGGAGGCUCAGAAGAGUGGAUCAGUACAGGUCUUUACCUCUCCCCUGGUAUGAGAACGUACAUGGCCAUGCCUUCAGCAAUUGUCAACAAGGGCUGGAAGGUGCAGAUUGGCUGUCAGACUGAUUACAUUGGGAACUCAUCAGAACUGAGGCGGGCGCCGUCCGUCUGUCAGAAAGUGCCUGUCGACUCGGAGAUGAUGCAGGUGUGGAACCUGUGGGGCGGGCUCAUCUACCUGGUGGCUCCGCCCAACACGGAGGUGGAUGGGGCUGAGGUCAUAGUUCAGGUGGCCAUACCGGCACCCUAUUACAAGUCUGGUGUGACAACCCUUGCUGAUUGGAUGACCUUGCGCACUGCCCCCUCCCCUUGGGCGGAGCUGGAGUUUGACAACAUCAUCCUGACGGUACAUUCGGAUGUGGUGCGCGGCCUGGAGCGCCCUGAUGAGGUCGCUGCGCUCUGGGAUGACAUCAUGAGGGGCGUUGCUGACCUGGCCGUUGUGCCUGCCAAGUUCACCCGCAAGGAGCGCUUCGUAGCGGACGUCCAGAUAUCACAUGGCUUCAUGCACGCGGGCUACCCCAUCAUGAUCCAGUCCUGCUCCGCCGCAGAGCUGUUGAACGUUAAGCUGGCACGGAGCUCCGGCAUCUGGGGGGCCAUCCACGAGCUCGGGCACAACCAGCAGAGAUGGGCCUGGGAGUUCCCCCCCAACACCACCGAGUGCACCUGCAACCUGUGGUCCGUGUACGUGCAUGAGCAGGUUCUGGGGGUGGACCGGAGCCAGGCCCACCCCAACAUGGCUCUGGUCCAUCGACAGAGCCGGGCCAAGGGGUACGCCAUGGGGGGGCGGAACCUUGGGGCGUGGGACAUGUGGACCGCCCUGGAAACCUACAUGCAGCUCCAGGAUGUGUUUGGCUGGGAGGCCUUCAAGAAGGUGUUUGCACAGUACCACACCAUGCAGAACGUUCCUGGGGACAACGCGGGCAAGAUGAACAUGUAUGCACAGACCUUCUCCCAGGUGGUGGAGAAGAACCUGGCUUCCUUCUUUAAGGCCUGGGGCUGGCCCAUAGAUGGUGCCACUGAGGAGAAGCUCUCCUCCCUGCCAGCCUGGACAGACCACCCCAUGGCUCAGUACGGCUAACCUGGAGAGACACAGAGAGGGGGGGGGGGGGCUGGUGGAAGGUUGGGGGGCAUAUCCUAUAUGGAUAUAUAGAAUAGAAUAGACUUUAUUUGUCAUUGUGCAUUAAAUACUCAACGCUUGUGCAUUCACAAAAAACUAAAACACAAAAAACAAUGCUUACAUCCACAUACACCCUUCAACCCACACAUAAAUAUAUUAAAAAACAUAUCGAGUUGUGUGAGGGGUAGGAGGGUUGUGUGAGGGGUAGGAGGGUUGUGUGAGGGGUAGGAGGGUUGUGUGAGGGGUAGGAGGGUUGUGUGAUGGUCCUGGGAUGAAACUGCUCUGCAGGCUGUGGUGGCCCGGUAGCGCCUGCCUAUGGAUAUCUGUACAAGAAUUUAGCUGUAGUUGGUGAAGGGGGGUGAAGGGACCUAUGACUGUACUGUGUGUGUACACUAAGCAUAAACAUACCGUUCAAGAAA